AUGGCAUCCCCGUCCAUAAAAAUACCAGAACGACCUUCAGUGGUUGUGUACGGGCGUCAUUCCGAAAGCUGCCUUCCUGAGGCGCAAUCAAGUGUAUUGGCUUCACUAUCCCAAAGCCCGAGACCGAAUCCACAGUCUUCAGAUGGCAGAAGUCACAUUCGCCUUGUGUCAUUGAGUAACUUUGAAAGUGUCUCAAAAAUCAAGGGGGUGCUGAAUAGUCCUAGAAGUCUAAAGGCUUGUAAAUCAGAAGGCGUGAGUCCAACGGAGCUACUACAGCGUAACAUGACGGAUUUCAUGGGACCAGGUGUACCAGAAAACAUUGUGCAAAUGCGGCAUNGUCCAACGGAGCUACUACAGCGUAACAUGACGGAUUUCAUGGGACCAGGUGUACCAGAAAACAUUGUGCAAAUGCGGCAUGCACACUACGAGCAUCGGAGAAAGGAGAAAUUGGAACGCGUCUGCCGCGCUCGUGAAAAGCUGGUUAAGGAAGAAAGGGAAAGAGCGUUGGAUGUUGAAUUCUCCCAGCAGCAGGAUAGCGACGAGGUCAAAGAAAUGCACAUCUCAAACCUGCACGGACACAUAUCUCGCAGCAGCAGUUCUCCUUACAAAACAAGUAUGGAGAGAAGCAAUAAUCCCUCCAACGGACGACCCACCUGGGAUGGGUCCUACAGCCGUUGUCUCUCUGUGGGUGCCAUGAUGAUCUACAGUCGUGUGAUGAGCGAGCAGCGUCUGCCCUCAGAGGCCGAGAUUCUUGCGUUGGAGCGAAUUCAGCAACGGGAACACCGAAACGCAGAGGCCAAAGAGCGUAUGGCGAUGGAUGAGAAAGUUCGGGAAAAGGAGCUAAUUUCUAAGCAACUUGAGAAAUCACGGCGGAUCGUACAUCACAUGGUGAAUAAGGAAAACGAGAUACUGUUGAAGGUCAACAUGCGGCGUCGUCAGUGGGAGGAGAAGCUGCAAAAAGUGCGCGAACGGCAGCGGCUCAAAGAAGGGGUGCAACGGGCGCGCAAUGGUCGUGAAGACUUUCACCAAACACUGGUUCGUUCAGCCUCUAUGAUUUGA